CACCUGUUACAGACCACUGGAAUCCUGGAUUUGAACAAAUUUCUAAGAAUGGCUGCAGACACUUGCCUUUGUCUGGUCUUUGGCGCAGCAGGAACUCGUCCUCUCCGUCCUCUCCGUGUCUGACCACCACACAGGUUGAAUCGUUGCGGGCAUUGUAAUGGUCGAGUAGCACCACAUGGUGGCACUAACCUGCACAUGUGGUUUCUGUCUUGACAAGGAGAACAAGAUGCUUCGGUCACCAUGGAAACGAAGCCCACGUUUGAAGAAGAAAAAAAAGAAAAACAUGAACCCGUCUACCUAGAACAGACCUGUGUUUCCUGCUGCUGUCGUGGCUGACGUUUUUUUUUUUUUUUAAUUCAGUAUUUUAAAGCAGUCAUGGUAGUUUCUGUUGAAGAGGUGUCUUCGUCGCUGGUGCGAGAGUAUCUGAGUCGUAAGGGACUAAAGAGAACGAUUGCCUGCAUGGAUGAGGAGCAUCCACGGACAGAUGCUAGCAUCAACAAUAGGUCACAUCUGAGAACAAUUCUGAACAUGGAGCAUCUCUAUAAAGACAACAAGGCCCAGAGCUCUCCCUUCAAAACUUUACUGGAGAUCAUCGUGAAACAUCACAUCUCUGGUCCUCAUCACAGCAAAGUCAGCAGUGAAAGUUCUGUGGGUCUGAGCUCCUUCCCUUCUCCUCAGGUUGCACCAGCGGUGUUGAAACGCACUAAGCCAAGAGACGGAACAGCUGACGUUUUUACUAACUCACAGACAAACCUGAGGUCUGAUGUGGAAGACAUCAGUUUUUUCUCUCAGCAAAUGUAUACCUCAUCAGUGCUUGAAGCUGACAGCCUUCCCAGAAAUAACCAAACUCAUCUAAGGGCCUGUGAUUCAGAAGACCACAAAGGUCACCCACUACUGGCUCCACUCCCUGACAAUAAGAGCGUCCUUAGAAGAGAAUCAGAACAUAAGACUCUCAUCAACGAGAGUACGCAAAGGAGCAAGGCUAAUCGGAUCAGACGUGGCAUGAUGGCUGGACCAAUAGCCAGUACUUCUCAGGAGUCAAGCAAAAAGAAACCGAGUCGCAGAGUUGAGACUCCACAGCUGCGACUCAGAAAAAAAGAAGAACUCCUGUCCUCAGGAGAUGGACUCCUUCCAACUGAUUCGCACCAAAUAAAAACGGUUGUCGGUUUGAGCGCGAUGGUCUUAGCUGACCGGGAAGCAGUGAGACGAGAGGAUGUUUUUCUUUCCUUAGAGAAAAUGCAGAGUGAAAACAGCUUUGAACAAACGGGACAAGACUCUCUGAAAACAACAAAGAUGAAGAGCAGAACAAAUCAGGGCGACUUGGAUGUCACUGAGAUGGUUCUAGAUGAUAUUGAUGAUGAUCUACCAGAACUUUCCAGAGUGUCCCCUCAGAGACCUGUUAGAGCGCAGAGCUACACAGGCAGUCCAAUAGACCUGCACACUGCCAGGGAAUUGAAAACAGUUCUGCUUGGUUCCAGCCAACAGUGUUUCAGUGCCGAGUGGAGGAACCAGGGCUUCACAUUUUCAGAAACACACGAUCUAAGAUAUGGAAUUGUGCAAAAAAAGGGUGGUCCGUGUGGAGUGCUGGCAUCCGUUCAGGCAUUUGUCCUGAAGAAAAUGCUCUUUGAGGACCCGGAGAGCGUCGACGCAGGCCCAAGAAGUCUAACACCUUCCACCGGUGCCAGGAGAAAAUAUCUUGUUUUUGCUUUGGCUGAGAUCCUGUGGAGGGCUGGCCAAGAAGAACGAGCUACAGUUGCAGUGAAUUCAGGAAGAACUCAUUUCAGCUCCACAGGACGCUACAGACCAGAAAGUGUGCUGGAGAAGAUCUCUAUAUUCUCUGUGGAAAGUGCCGAGGAGUUGCAGAUGCUUUUAGAGCAGCACAUUGAACAGUUUGAGAGCGCAGAGUUAGGGUGCCUCCUGUUGACGGUAUCUGCUGUUCUGUCUCGAACUAUUGAGAAAGUGAAGGAGGAUAUGGACGUCCCCACCACCACACUGAUCGGAGCGCAUGGUUACUGCACUCAGGAACUGGUCAACUUGUUGCUCUGUGGCAGAGCGGUUUCUAACGUCUUUGACGGUGACAUGGAGUUGGACUCGGGCAACGGGAAUGUGACGCUGCUGAAGGGAAUCAAAGGCCAGUGUGAAGUCGGUCUGUUGUCCUUGUUUGAACAUUACAACAUCUGUAAGGUAGGAGCUCACAUGAAAACCCCCCACUGCCCCAUCUGGGUGGUGUGCAGUGAGAGCCACUUCAGUGUGCUCUUUGGCCUGCAGAGGGAGCUGUUGACCAAUCCUGACAGAUAUCUGGAGUUUGACCUCUACUAUUAUGAUGGACUGGCCAAUCAACAGGAAGAGAUUCGUCUCACAGUCUCUGUUAGUAAAUCAACCGUGAGCCAACGUGACCUCGACACAGACCUCACUCCACCACUGGAGCAUUGUAUCCAAACACGGUGGCCCGGUGCUGUGGUCAGCUGGAAUGACACGGAGCCUAUUCUCUGACCACAGGCUUCAUCUGUUUUCUGAAUAUGACAACUUACAGCGAACACCUUGGUCACCUGCUGGUCAUUUCUCUGUGUUUGUUGUCGAUUUAAACCUGCCAUUUUUUUUUUUACAAAAUGUUU